GCGAAGGAGGCGGGGCCAGGGGCUGGGCUGGGGCGGAGUUAGGGCCUGGGGGCGGGCUCACGCCGAGCCGUGGACCAAUGAUUGAGGACUGGGGUCCUGAGGCCCUGGAGAGUCCGGCAGGAGCCAGAGCUACCAACCCAACCCCUAGUUUGUAGGGAUGGAAGGCGUUGCGGUGCUGCCUCCGGAGGCCCGGAUGCCGCCUAAGAAAUGCGGAUCCUGGCUGGAGCACCUGCUCCAGCACCCACCCAGUCGCCAGGCUGGGAUGAGGGGUUCCAUUUAGUCUGAGGGGAGGAAGGAGUCUGGAGGUUCCUCGCGUGACAUCACAAUCACCACCAGAUGUGGGCGGGGCCAGAGGGGCAUUUCCCCGGAGAUGCGUGCACACAGCACUGUCUAGCUCCCUCCUUCUUCCUGCUUCCCCUCCUUUCUCCCUUUCCCCUCCCUUCCUCCCCCAUUCAGUGCUUGGGUGUCCGACCUGGAACCCUGACACCUGCGCCACAAGGGCGGGGGGAGCUCCUCGGCCUUCAGGACUGGGAGGAUUCUGUAUCAAUGAGCCUUACCUAUGUAAACAGGUUACCGGGCUGGGAGAGAGGACAUCUGCUGGCUGGUGUGCCUUCUAGCACUGAUGCAUCUACCUUCUCCUCUGAAGGUGAAUUCAAAGACCUGGACAGGUGCUGCUGGAAACACAAACAGUGCACUGGGCAUGUCAUCCACCCCUUCCCCUCGGACUAUGGCCACCACAACCUGCACCUGCACUCCAUCAGCCACUGCGACUGCGAGUCUAGGCUGAAGGACUGCUCAGAGAAGACAAAUAGCGACAACUCCCGAGAUGUGGGCCCAACCUGCUCCCGAGAUGAGGGUCCAACAUGUUUCAACAUCAUCCAGUCCCCUUGCUUUGAGCUCAUCCCAGAGGAGGAGUGUGUGGAGCGGUUCUGGUAUGGCUGGUGCAAAAGCUAUAGGCCUGUCUCUGUGGCAGUGAUCCACCAUCCCAUCCACCAUGACUAUGUGGCAGAUGACUUGAAUGAAGAGGAGGAGGAGGAGGAGGAGGAAGAAAGCAAGCCUCCCAUUCCCACCCAGGUGGGGCCUGCCACCACCGCCCCCGCUGACACAGGCCUGGGCACUGUCACAACUACCCCGGACUCGGCAGCUCCCAUCACUAUCUGGCGCUCCGAGAGCCCCACAGGGAAGUCCCAGGGCAACAAGGUGAUCAAGAAGGUAAAGAAGAAAAAAGAAAAGGAGAAAGACAAGGAAGAGGAGCUGGAUGAGAAGCCAAAGCCGAAGAAAAAAGUCAAGAAGGGCAAGUUGAUGAAGAAGAAAAGCCCGGUUAAAUCGGAAUCUUCACCUCCGGACUUGAACCGAUCAAUAAGCCCCAGAGAGCUGACCAGGAUGUCAGAGUCCAGCCCAGACAGCCGGGAAGACCUGGAGAGUGAGGACAGUUACAAUGACCCCCGGCGGGAGGAGCCCUCCAGUGACGAUAUCGUGGAGUCUUCCUCACCCAGGAAGAGAGAAAAGAACACGGUCCAGACUAAGAAAGCUGGGGCGAAGACCUCACCAGUCAAGAAGGUCAAGAGGAAAUCUCCCCCAGGAUCCAACCCCAAUCUCAGUUGAGGCCAGGGCGUCCAGUGUGAAGAAUAAAUGCGAUCAAGCCUGUAGCUGAUCCCCUGCGGCUGUUCUCUCUCCCUCCAACCCAUCCCCGGUCGGGGCAAGGAGGGGGGCUCUGCGCGUAGCUGGAGCUAAGGGGGGGCUGCAGGGGUAUUUGAAGGGUAAUGUGUCUUUCAGGAGGGAAUCCGUGGGAACGUAGGUGGGAGGCCAUGCAGCCUGUUUAUCUGUAACAUUGUAGGCUCGGGGCAGGAGAGGAGCACAUCAGGGUGGGGUGGGAAGAAGGCUGCCCAUCUCCUGGGAGAUCGGUCUGUGUGAAAUCUGCUCGGCGGACAGGCAGUGCUAUCUGCAGCGAUACCCCUAAUAAACUGAACCUUUUAAUCCA